AUGGUCGACCGGCCCCACCUCCUCGCCGCGCGGCGGCUGCUGGACCGCGCCGCGGCCAUCGACGCCGCGGGCGGCGCCGCGGCGCCCGAGGCCGCGCCGCGGCCCGUGCGCGGCCUCUACCUCGAGGACCUAGCCGUCGGCCGCGUCGUCGAGCACGCGCUCACGCGCACGGUGACGGAGACGGACAACGUGCUCGCGACGACGCUGUCGCUGAACCCGGCGCAGCUCCACCUCGACCACGACGCGGCGGCGAAGACGGAGUUCGGCCGGCCCCUCGUGAACUCCAUGUUCACGCUGAGCCUCCUCGUCGGCAUCUCCGUCCACGAGACGACGCACGGCACAACGGUCGCGAACCUCGGCUUCGACGACGUCACCUUCCCGAAGCCCAUGUUCCACGGCGACACGCUCUCCGCGCGGACGACGGUCGUCUCGAACCGGCCGUCGAAGAAGCGGCCGCACCAGGGCGUCGUCCAGUUCAAGCACGAGGGCUUCAACCAGCACGGCCACCUCGUCGCCUCCUGCCUCCGCUCCGCCCUCAUGAUGACGCGGCCCUCGGCGUAA